AUGUCGACCCCGUCCUCCACGCCAACACCGUCUUCAACCUCUAACACUGCAAACAUCAUAACGGCACUGGGAAAUGCCUACAAGACGCAAACAGGAGAUCCGCUUCCGAGCGACAAGAUCGCUCAACUCCUGAUCCAAAACAUGAGCCAGCUGAGCGAGCUUGCGAAACACGGCAAGCUGACUCAAGCGCAGAUAUUACAGUUGAAAGAGUACGCGGACAAACAUAAGACUGGAGCAUCGGGGAGUACCUCCACCCCUGCGCCCGCCCCCGCUGCCCCUGCACCUGCCCCCGUUGCAGCACCCAUGCCUACGAACCCAGCAUUUCGCAGCGCUCACACCCCUUUCCUGAAUGCCAAUCCCAGCACGGACUCUUACCCUAUCAGUAACACUCCCACUGCCACAAACCCCGGACCGGUCCAAUGGCAGAUUGCUCAACAAGGCCGUCCUACAUUGACCGGAGGUAUAGCGGGAGGCAGACUCUCAGGCACGCCGGCACAACUGACGAAACCGUCUGAUGACACUACACUUCUGAACACGGACGAUAAUCGGACGCGCCGCAAGAACACUCCCGGAGACCAGAGCAUGCGGAGGUCAAUACAGGAUCUAGUAUCGAGUAUUGACCCCAACGUCAAGAUUGAACCCGAAGUCGAGGAUCUUCUCCUUGACAUCGCGGACGAGUUCAUCGACUCCCAUCGAGGCGGCGAUACGUUGGAGGUCAAGGACCUCCAACUGCAUCUGGAACGUAACCACAACAUUCGGAUUCCUGGCUUUGCCUCGGAUGAGACGCGUAUUUCCCUGUCACAAAUGACGGCGGCACCUGCAGCGCCCGCCGCCACGGCAAACAAGAAGGGUAAUGCGCAAGGCGCUGUGCAGACCCCUCGCACCCAAAGGCUAUCGCAACUGCAGACCGCGAAAAGAGAAGCUAAGCUGAUCUGA